AUGAUUUUGAUAAAUGAUGCCAAAUACUCAUGUAUGGAGUGCAUAAGAGGACACAGGUCUUCUCAGUGUAAACAUCACACGAGACCGUUGCUACAAGUGCGAACUAGAGGACGACCGGGAGGCUAUGCUAAUGGGAAUCCGAACCACCGAGUAGCUGUGUUUGCUGAGGAGAUUGCCCAGGACGACGACGAUGAUGCGCUGUUGCUGCUGCUGCUGCUGCUGCUAAAUAUGAAAAACAACUGCAAAUCUCAACCUAUUGUCAUUUUGAAGGCAUCUUCUAAGCAAGUUAUAGAUUUGAGCAAUGGCGAGAUUGUGGGACCGUAUGACGAGUCAAAGACAAAACAGUAUGUGAUUGAGAAAGUUCUUACUGCACAACCCGUGAUCAGUGAUGAAAGCUUUAUUGUGACUACAUCGUGUCAGGUGCCAAAAGUAUCCAAAAAGAAUAGUCCCAACUGUUGCUGCAAUAAUAAGAAAAAGAAUAUAAGCAAAUCAAAGAUUUUGCAAACGUAUAUCAAGAAUCGCCUUGGCGAAAGACUACCUUCAACCAAAGUUGAAUUUGUUCAAGAGAAAGAGUUUAAAAAGCAAGAAAAUGGGAGAAACUCAGAAUUAGAGUUAGACACAGUUAAAAAGGAUGAAGCAAUAUUUGAAGUUAUUCCUGUAGCAUCGUGUUCUAUUCCGGGAACCUGCUGCUGUGACAACAACUGUUCGUGCCUGGGGUGUAUGGUACAUGGAAAUACCAAAGAAAGUACACAGCUUGAGACUUAUCAAAACCACCUGCAAGUAACUGACCUUGCUCAGCUUAAAAACGAGCAGAAUUUGGUAUUCAAUAGCAUCCCAAAUGUAAGACUACCAUCAUCAUUGUAUCAGUCUAAUAGUAUCGCAAUCGGCACGCUACCGCAACAUGUACCUGGACCUGGACCUGGACCUGGACCUGGACCUGGACCCGGACCCGCACUUGGGCCUGGACCCGCACCUGAACCUGUACCCGCACCUGCAUCCAAGGAGUCUUUAUAUAAUAACCCUUGUUCAUGUCCACCUAAUGCUUGCGAUUGUGCCAAUUGUGAAACACAUGGUAUUAUCAAUGGUUAUAAAUUAGAUGAGUAUUUCCAAGACCAAGGGAAAUUAAUGAAUGUACUAGCAUCCGAUUUCAAUUUUGAUGAUUUUUUCCAAUUACCACAAGUUACAACAGCUACCACCACCACCACCACAACAGCAACAAAGUCUCACAUUAACGAUGGUUGGGAUAUUUUAACAAAUGAUUAUGAACCUCACAUUACUAAUGGAGAUUCAACCAAACUCCCACGCCUGAAUCACAUUCAACCAGACCAAAACCCACUUACCACGCCCCAUGCAUGGAUCUUAUCCAGUAAAAACCCCUAUUCAAAUACCCACUGA